AUGCCACCCGAAGGUUGCACGAGGGCUGGGAUACUUCCAGGUUGCCCAAACCUAGACAGGGGAAGUCGAGAGGCAGAAGUCGGGUUCGAACCACGGACCUUACGGCUAGCCACCGAGUUAAGUUGGGGUAGGGAAACCGGAGCGAGAUGGCCCAAGUGGUUAGAGCGCGAAUUUACUGACCGUAAGGUCCGUGGUUCGAACCUGACUUCUGCCUCUCGACUUCCCCUGUCUAGGCUUGGGCAACCUGGAAGUAUCCCAGCCCUCGUGCAACCUUCGGGUGGCAUGACGGCUAGGCACCGAAAGAGUGCUACAGCUGAACGAUUUUUUACGAGGGAAACCAGGAACGAAACAUUUCGUAUUUUCGUCCAACUUUGCCGAUAUACCGUUAGGCGGAAUUCAACACGGAUCCCUCUUUGCCGCUCGCACUCAGGUGGUGAUACGGUCGAGAAGCCCAUGCCACGCAAGAUUAGCCGAAAAUCCGGGACGCUUGCCGGUCCGGCAUCAAGCCGAGAUCUGAUUGGUCGAAAGUCUGGACUUAACAGCCUAUCAUGA